AUGACGACCGACCCCCCCAACUACACCAUAUUCGACGCAAUCCUCGACUGGGGCUCCACAAACGCACAACAAAUCAGCGAAGCGCACCUCUCCAAAGGUGGCUGGGAAGGCUGGGCGCAAGAAGAGAUGCGACUUCUCUUCAACGCCGGCCCGGAGGACAAUUGCUACCAGAACAACGCGCGCCAAGCGGCCGACGUCGAAUGCGUGGUGAUCGAGCUGAAAUGCGAGAGUUAUUGGAACGCACAAAAAUUCCGCGGCGAGGUCAAGAAGGACAUGCAGAAGGUUAAUAGUGGGGUUUUUAAGGAGCGGUUGUUGCGGGGUGGUUGUAAUGUGUAUUGCGUUGCGUUGGCGAUGACUGAUGAGGGCGCCUAUGAUAUGGAGAGUUUGGGGUUGGAGUUGUUUGAGGGUUUUGUGGCUGCGCCGUUUCAGGCUUGGGGGUGUGUGCGGCGGUUUGAGCUGGAGGAUGUUAGUGAGGAGGAGGAUGAAGAGGAUGAUGGGGAUGGGGAGGAUGGUGACAUGCAGGAGGAUGAGGUGGAAUUUGAUGGUGAUGAGGCUGAGUCUGACAGCAAUGGAUAUCAGAGUGGAUAUCAGAGUGGAUAUCAGAGUGGAUAUGGUAAUGGAUACCAUGAUGGGCACAAUGGAGGCUGGGGUUAUAAAUAUGCUUAG